AUGCAGAGGGCGGACGUGCCUCUGCUUGCGGCGAUAGCAGCUCCUGCCAUGCAGAUGAGUCCCCGGCUCAAUCCCCAGGCCCUUGCAAACACGGCGUGGUCGUUCUCUGCGCUGCGCUGGCUGCACGCGCCGCUGAUGAACACAAUCUCGUCCCAGGCGAUCGUAAGCAUCAUGCAGUUCAAGCCGGGAGAGCUGGCCAGCACCUCGUGGUCUUUUGCCAUCCUGCGCAGCGCUGAUGCUGGGCAUCUGUUUGAUGCUAUUGCCUCCAGUGCGGUCGCCACUUUGCCUCAGUUCGGCAGCCAGAACCUGUCGAACACGGCCUGGGCGUUCUCUGCACUGGCUUUCUCGCACCACGAGCCGCUGCUUCGGGCGAUCUCGUUGCAGGCGCGAGUCAAGAUCGCGUCCUUCAAGCCGCAGGAGCUGGCCAGCACGGCCUGGGCCAUCGCCACGCUCUCCUUCGAGGACGCCCCCCUCAUGAGUGCCGUGGCGGCCGCGGCGCUCCCCAAGAUGCCAGGCUUUGGGCCUCAGAGCCUCUCGGGCAUGCUGUGGGCCUGCGCGACGCUGAAGUUCGACGACGGGCCCCUCCUGGCCGCCAGUUCCUCCCAGGCGCGGCGCACCGUGUCGAAGUUCGGCCCGCGGGAGCUCUCGAACAUUCGGGGCAUCGCGUGGUCCAGCGCCACGCUGCGCUGGAGCGACGGCCCCCUGCAGGACGCCCUCGCGGCCCGCGCUCUGGGCGCCGUGGCGGAGUACGGCCCGCAGGAGCUGGCCAACUCCGCGUGGGCCUGCGCCUCCCUCCCGUGGUCCAGCGCGCCGCUCCUCGACGCGUUGGCAGUCGCGUCCGCCGCGCGCAGCGGGGACUUCCGGCCCCAGGAGCUCGCGAGCACGGCCUGGGCCUUCGCGCCGCUGCCCGCCGCGCACGCGCCGCUGUUCGCCGCGGUCGCCGCCGCCACCCCGCGCGCGCUCGGCGGCUUCGAGCCGCGGCACCUGUCGGGGACGGCGUGGGCCUUCGCCGCGCUGCCGCUGCGCGACCGCCCGCUGCUGCGGUCGUUGGCGGCCGCGGCGGGCGCGGCCCUCGGCGAGUUCGGCCUGCAGGCGCUCGCGAACACCGCCUGGGCGCUCGCCACGCUGCAGUGGACGGACCCGUCGCUGCUGGCGCCGAUGGCGGCCGCGGCCAGGGGCCUCCUGCGGAGGCGCUUCCUGGCCUGCGGGGUGGGCCUGCCGUCGCUGCCGCAUUGGGCUCAGGGGAGCUCCACCGCCCGCAGCCUGCAGCGGGCCUUGGAGAAGGUGCUGGGCGAGGAGCCCAUGAGGGAGCCCAGGAAGGACAGGGUGGACAGCUGCCUGCCGAGCUUCGCGACGAUGCGGGCGCCGUUCCUCUUGAAGGUGCUGCUGAUUGCGCUUCUGGUGGCGCUCGUCCUGACUGUGUUCCUGAUGACGUCCUGGUCGCAGCCGCUGUUCCGGCUGCCGUUUCUCGUCGUGAUCAAGCCGCUGUUCGAGCCGCUCGCUUUGCUCCUGCUCACCGGGCGGACCCAUGGGCUGGAGGCCAAGAUCCUUGGUCAGCGAAUGCCGCGCCUGUGA